GGAGUGGCACUGGUUGCCGCCCCGGCUGUCGUUGCUGGGCUGGGCUUCACCGCAGGCGGCAUCGCCGCUGGAUCCAUCGCUGCCAAGAUGAUGUCGGCAGCUGCCAUCGCCAACGGAGGGGGAGUGGCAGCCGGCAGCACCGUGGCUGUGCUGCAGUCCAUCGGAGCUGCAGGUUUAUCUCUUGGUGCCGAAGUUGGGCUGGGGUCACUCGGGGCAGCAGCCGGUGCCCUGGUAGAGAAAAUCGCCAGUUGAAAAACCCAAGGAGGCAGCAGCUCCAGAUGCAGAACCCAAGAGCAGUGCUGAUCCUGAGGUGUUGCCAGGCAGUGUGGCAGGUGCUUGGAAGGCCUCACAGACCCCACCCUUGCAAAAGCUGUGAAUUCCCCUGAGCAAUGAGUGCCCUGAAGCCAAUAAAGUUGCUUUGCCUGCAGCAGA